GGAAAAGAAACCUGCCAUGAGUAACUACUUAAGAGGAAAAAACGAAAUCAGGAAAGAAACCAUUUAUGAUAACUCAAAGGGAAGCUCAUUACUUUUCGAAGCGAGAUCGGGAUGCCUUAGAACACGCACCUAUAAAGCGAGAUAUAAGAAGGAAGAAGAAGCAUGUGCUUGCUGCGGUAAAGCUAGGGAAACGACGGAGCAUAUUUUAUUAGAAUGUGAAGACGUCUACCCAGCGGUCGAUUUAGGCACCACUGGCCUCCUUGAAGCCCUUGGGUUCAGCGGGAGCAGUGGUAAAGCAAACAAGUCCGCAAUAGACAUUAGUAAGAGGCGAUUGGAGGAUUGGUGGAAGAAAAGUAGGGAAACGACAAAAGACGGAGACGUACAAAAACACAGUUCGCAAUAGGGGAUCAGAAAAUUUGGACGUGUUAGUUCAUAGUGUUUUUUUCUUUUCUUUUUUCAUCGGUUAACCUAGGUAGGAUAUCAGGCAGCAUAGUAGCAAGAGCUUGGUGGCGCAACCCACCGCCCCAUUCCAAAGGGGACGCUCAUAACAUCCAUCCAUCCAUCCCAUCCAUAUAUAUUGGUUGUAUAUGUUAAAUAAACGGCUCUUUACUUCGGGACGGCCGGAGUCUGACUUCCACCUUCGUUGAACACCAUGUUGGCGACGAAGAUGUCGUGAACGUACCCCCAGCCCCGCUGCGCCGUCCGUAUCCACCCACCAUGAGCUUCACCGGGCUUGCUCCGCCACCGUUUUUCUUUCCGACGCCCGGCCGUCCCUCAUUGCCAUGGAAGCAGUGGGAGCCGAUGUUCAACGUGUACUUACUGUCUUCCGGAGCCGCCGCAUUCAAGCCGGAGCAACGCAAGGCUAUUCUUUUGCAUUGUUUGGGGGCGGAGGGCCAGCGUAUUUAUCAGACGCUACAUGCAGGGACCAGCGCCGCAGCACCGGCCGCGCCAAGUGCCGCAGCACGCGCCGAUGACAAGUCUGUCGUGGCCCCUCCUGACGAAUACGACCCUGCACUCGCCGCAUUACGGCACCAGUUUUCGACGUCGCGCAACGUUAUCAUCGAGCGUCAUCGCUUUCACCGCCGCAGCCAACACACAGGCGAGUCCGUUCAUGACUUUGUUGCCGCUCUACGGGAGCUAGCGUCACAUUGUUCGUUUGCCUCGCAAGAUGUUGCUCUGCGGGAUCAAUUCGUUGCCGGCGUAGCUUCCACUCGCGUACGUGAGCGGUUACUGCUCGAGGGUUCCACACUUUCAUUCGAGAAUUCUGUUCGAAUUGCACUUCCGUAUGAGCAGGCGGCUGAAGAGCUGAAAGAGCUUUCUGCUUCGGUCGAAGCAAUUUCAUUGCGGCAGUGUCGUAAACCAUCGUCGCAUGCCUCGAAAAAAAGGAAUUCACAACCGGCAGCCACCUUAGAGCAGAAUUUAACGAGGAGCGCGGGCGGCUCACGUGCGCCGCAGCGGAACCGCCCCCCUGAGCGGAACCGAGAACAGAGUAGCCGCUCCGGUUCGCCACAUUGUUUCCGAUGAGGCUCGCGGAACCACAUCGCGUCAGCGCCGCAGUGCCCAGCGCAAGGCAAGACUUGUUCGUUUUGCGGUCGCAAGGGCCACUUUCAAAGGGUAUGCAACCGCAAGCUAACCCAAAUGCAAGGCCGAGUCCGUGAAGUUGAAUUUCAUGAAGAUGUUUCGUCAUCCAGCAGUGCUGAGGAAGUUUUGACUGUGCAACGUUCCGCGCGUAGCGGAAUUCAUA